AUGGGAAUUCAGAAGCUCCAAGUUGGUAUGGCCGGUCUCGGUCGCGUUGGCAAGUUCCACGCCAUGAACUUCCUUCAACGAACCCCUCGAGCCGAACUUGUUGCAGCCUUUACCCCGGACCCAGCUGAGACUGCCUGGGGAAGAGUGAACCUCGAACCCCACGGUGUCACUCUAUACGAUAACUACGAUGAGAUGCUUAAGCACCCAGGUCUCCAAGCCGUGGCUAUUGGAACGGCCACCUCAGUUCAUGCCGAAGAGGCCAUCAAGGCCAUUAAUGCGGAAUUGCACGUUCUGUGUGAGAAGCCCCUCUCUAUUCAUAUCGAUGUUUGCAGGGCCGUUGUUGCAGCUGCCAAGAAGAAGCCUCACCUUAAGGUGAUGUGCGGUUUCUCCCGACGAUUCGACGAGUCCUACCGUGAAGCCCACAGCAAGAUUGAGCAGGGAAUCAUUGGGCGACCUUCCAUCAUCCGCAGCCAGACAUGCGAUAAGCUUGACCCCUCCGGUUUCUUCGUUGAAUACGCAGCUUGGUCAGGUGGUGUCUUCGUUGACAUGUCUGUGCACGACAUCGAUCUCACAUUGUGGUUCUUUGGUGACGAUAUCAUCCCAAAGAGCAUCUCAGCACACGGUAUUACCGCUGUUCAACCCGAGUUGAAGAAGCACAAGGAUUAUGACAACGCCGUCGGAAUUGUCGAGUUCCAAAACGGCAAGAUCGCAAACUACUACUGCUCUCGCAUGAUGGCUCAUGGACAAGAGGACACCACCGAGAUUAUUGGUACCGAGGGCAAGAUCGCAGUCAACACCAACCCUCAGCGCAACUUAGUCAAUACCUACACCUCUAGUGGUAUCAUUCGUGAGGUCCCUCCUAACUUCAUGGGUCGAUUCGGUGCUGCUUUCGUGCAAGAAGCCAAUGAGUUCACUGCCGCGUGUCUGGACAACACUCCUCUUCCUAUGAAAUUGAGCAAUGCUGUCAAGGCAGUUGAGAUUGGCGCUUAUUUGCAGGAGGCGCUGGUUACAGGAAAGCAGCUUCACUUUGAUGAAAUUGGUCGUCGCAUUGAAAAGGCGCAACUGUAA